AUGUUCUUCCUGAUCUUCUUCGGCGCCGUCGCCGCCUGGGUGACGUUCUUCUUCCUGCGCAUCAAGUGGGAAGAGGAGAAGCUGGAUGAUCUGCCGAAUCGGCCGGUGUUCAUCACCGGAUGUGAUUCUGGUUUCGGCCACGACGCCGCGCUCAAGCUGUUGAGCAUGGGCAUGCCAGUGUUCGCCGGCUGCUACACCGAGGAGGGUCUCGAAAAGAUCGAGAAAGAGGCCUCCAACUACACCAAGGGCAAAUUCAAGGCGAUCCGCCUCGACGUUACCAACGACGAGAGCGUCGACCGGAUGGGGACAUGGCUGGAGAAAGAGGUGCAACCGUAUGGAGGGCUCUGGGCGGUCAUCAACAACGCCGGCGUCGGGUUCAACGUGUUCCUCGACGAUUUCCUGAAGCACGAGGACUAUCGGCUGACGAUGGAGAUCAACUUCUACGGCAUCAUGCGCGUCGUGCAUAGGCUGAGGAGGGCGCUGAAGCAAAGGAAGGGCCGUCUAAUCAACGUGACGUCGAUCCUUGGACGCUGUCCGGCCGCUGGUAUCGGCCCCUACAUCAUCUCCAAGUUCACCGCCAACGUCUACACCGAAGUGAUCCGCGACGACGAGGAGGAGGAAGAAGAAGAAGAGGAGGACGAGGAGGAGGUCCAAGCCGCCGAUGCUCCCGCCGAGGAAGCUGCUCCGGCUGAGGAGGCCGCCGAGGAACCAGAGGCCGAGGAAGCUGAAGAAACCGAAGAAGCAGAGGAGGCUGGAGGUGAAGCAGAAGCGGCUCCAGCACCGAAGGCUUCGCACGCCCCGCGUACUCGAACUCCUGAGCCGACGGAGAUGACUGAGGCCGAGAGGGCCAUGGUCGCUGCCAAAAAGCGCCAUGAGGAGGAGGAGAAGCUCAAGAUGCUCGACUACGAGGAGCGCAGGAAAGUCGAGAAGGCGCAGUACGAGACCGAGCUCCGCGAGCUGAAGGAGAAGCAGGAAAUUCGUCGUCGUGAGCGCCAAAAGGAGGAGGCGGAGUACGAGGAGCGCCGCCGCACCGCCGAGCAGAAGAAGCGCCAAGAGGAGGAGGAGCGCAAGCAGAAGAUCGAAGCCCAAAAGCGCGCCCGCUACGAGGAGAAGCAGCGCCGUCAGCAGAUGAUGGCCGGCUCGUUCAAUGCGGCUGCCGCAGCGGCUGCCCCCGGUGGCAAGAACUUCACCAUCAGCUCGAGCGGCGAGCAGGCCGAGCAGUUCGGAAACCUGGCCGGCAACAAGCAGAAGGCCAACGAGGUGUCGGCCGAGCAGAGGGAGGCCGCCAAGAGGGCGUUCCUCGAGGCUGUCUGCAAGCAAAUCGACGUCUCCGGCCUGUUGCCCAACGACCUGAAGGAGAAGAUCAAGCAGGUUCACGCCAGGAUUUGCCGGCUGGAGGCCGAGAAGUACGACCUCGAGAAGCGCAACGAGCGCCAGGAAUAUGAUCUCAAGGAGUUGCACGAGCGCGAGCGACAGGGUGCCCGCCAGCGUGCUCUGAAGAACGGGCUCGACCCUGAGGAGGCCGCCAACUCGAAGCACCCCCCGAAGAAGCGCGUCGCCUCCAAGUUUGACCGACAGACCGACCGACGAACAUACGGCGACAAGCGCGACAUCUUCGAGAGCCCCAUCCUCCCCAAGGCCCGGUCCAUCGCCCGAGGCACCGCCCGACCCCCGCCCGAGUGGGGCCGCAAGGAUAACGAGGAGUUGGAGCAGCUCAGGAAGAUUGUCGAGCCCCCGAAGUACAUCGAGCAGGUCAAGGCCGAGGGUGACGCGGCCAAGCCCCCGGUUGCAGCAAUCCCACUUCAGAUGCCGACCGAGGACUUUGAUGAUUCAAUCCCAAUGGAGCCGGUGAAGCCCGUCUACGAUUUCCCCUCAGCCGGAGGAGCCGCCAACAUGCUCGGAGUCCCCAGCCAAGGAGCCCUAGAAAACGAGAGUGCACCUCAGGACGUCGACCCGACCCCGGCUGCCGCGCCUGAGCCCGCUGCGGAGCCCGAGCCCGAGCCAGAACCUGAGGCCGAGCCCGAGCCGGAGCCCGAAGCCGAGCCCGAACCUGCCGCCGAGCCGGAGGCCGAAGAAGAGGAGGAAGAGGAAGAAGAA